UGAAGUACUCCGGAGAAGAAAAAAUGCCGGUAAUCCACUCUAUGAUCAACCGUUUUAUAUUACGUUAAUAUCAUAGCCUAUAUUGAUAAUGAUGAUAAUCAAUGUACAUUUUAAAAAUCUAUGUAAUACACCUUGGUUAUUAUUUUAACAAAAUAAUCAAUCCACCGACAUAAUACCCUCAUCCUUUAACUUUCCCCGCUUUACCACCCGGCCUCGCUUGCUGCAUUCGCCGCCGCCAAGCGGGCGCCUACUUCCGUGACUCACAGCCAUUAUCAUCAUCAUCAUCAUUAUCAUCGCUAUCAUCAAGCUUGCUAUUUAUAGCCCACACCGUCGUUAAAAUCAUUUGAAGCAAGGCCAAGCUGCGUGGAACACACGGCUCAUAAUAUAUAACGCAACUGCAUGCAUAUGACAGUGUACUGGCUAUAGGCAGCUUGUAUCAUUCUCCCCACAGUAUUUCCAUGUGUCUUUGUCAUCGCGAACACACAACAUCGUCAUUAUUAUCAUCGUUGUUCUCUAUUCGAGUACACGCGCUAUGAUUUUGUUCCCGCCAGAGGUAUAUUCGUUCUGUUUCACACAGCGAGUAAUAUAAGCCGACCAUUUCAUACCCAAGUCUCUUCCAACUAUUUCCUUCUCCUUGAAUAACAUAUCGUGAUUUCAGAAGAAGAACAAUUUUCGAAAGAGAAGUUUAUUUCACGGUGAUCGCAGGUGUUGGAUAUCAAAUAAUAUAUUAUUUGAUGAAGAGCAAGCCAUGAUUUAGUGACUCCGCGCACUUUUCCUGUUACAUCAUAUUCAGUCGAUGGUGAAUGCACGUUUUGUACUUCAGACCCAUUAUCAUCAGGUUCAUCUCUAAAUCAGUAGGAGACACAUAACGUAUUGCCAGCAUGGACGAUAGGCGCGACGUUAAGGGAUGUGUUGGAGCUUCUGGAGACAGCGAAACACCCGAGAAUCAAUCAAGGGUUGAAGUGGGAUCUCAGGAGUUUUUCUCAAACACCGCGGAUAUCCCAUUUAGCGACUUGGAUCAGAGCGACAGAGGUACGGGUGGAGCAGAGGCAUCAGCAAGUGAGGCUUCUUCAGCGGAAAACUCCAGCUCAUUCCAAGUCGGUGAUGCAUCUGAUUCUUUCCCCUUGAACCAAGGGUGUUCUGACGACACCAGUGACGCUACUCAUGCUUCUCGGGUAUUUUGCUACCAAACUAAGCGAGAGGGGCAAGAAAGCGAGGGGUAUUAUCCUCAGCCACCAGAGCAGAAACAGCCAACAGCGGAAGAGAAUUGUUGUUGCGUCGAGUGUGGUGUGACCUUUGCCAACAUUGAUCUUCUCCUGAAGCAUGUUCAGCAACAUGAGGCCGAGCAGUACGGAUCUGAUGACAUCUAUCAAGGAUCCGAUGACAUGGAAACAGUGGAAGAUAGCUCACCAGGAGCAAAUCCUAGUCAGACACCAAGUGUGGCUAGAAACCUAGGCAAUGUAUCCUGUAUGGAGUGCGGUGAUGUCUUUGACAACGUGGAUGCCCUUGUACGCCAUGUCGAGGUACACGAAACCUUGAUGCGACAGAGACAAAGUGCACAGAUGAGCGGAGAUCACGAGUGUCAGGUAUGCCACCAGUCCUUCAUAAACGAAAGACUUCUUCAAGAGCAUGUCAAAAGACAUAAUUCACGGGGUGGGAUGAACUCAUCAGAUGGUCAGUCGUCAUCUAUUGGUCCCAAGGCAGAUUUCAAUGUCCAUUCCUAUGUACGACGUCCCCCAACACAGAAAGGAGGCGCGGCCGGAUGUAGAACCGCCCAUUUAUGUUUAAUCUGUGGGGACGUCUUUCGCCAGCUAUCCAGUUUGGAUAAACACUAUCAGACGCAUAACAGCAACCUGCAAGUCCUCGACCAUAAGUGUAGCCUUUGUGGCAAAGUGUUCUCAAAACUCAACAACUUACAUGUUCAUAUGCGUCUUCACAACCAAGACAGACCUUAUGCGUGUACGAUCUGCGCAAAACGUUUCACGCAAAGUAGCCAUCUGAGACAACACGAACUCAUCCACACCCAGGUGCGUCCAUUCUCGUGUCGCUUCUGCCCGAAGACAUUCCGCCAGAGUAGCCACCUACACAUGCACGAGCGGAUACACACGGGGAUGCGACCCUACAAGUGUCAUCUCUGUGACAAGGCAUUCAUGCAGAGUAGCCAUCUACGCAUUCAUGAGCGCACACAUUCCCGAGUACGACCGUACACCUGUAGGUUCUGCAACGCGACGUUCAUUCAGAGCGCGCAUAUGCGCCUCCACGAAAAGAGGCAUUUGAACGAGGCUACCGGAAAUGCUGAAUCGCCAACACAAAAUGGAUCGACGCCAGAAUCUCCUCAAAUGGCUACUUCUUAGAUUUCCUUUAAAAAAACGUAUACAUGUUACUUCGGUACUAUGUAUUUCAAUAAAGUCCGAGUGACUGGGUCAUCCGCCCGACUGGUGGUCGUAUCGUUAGGCCUACAAAAAAAAGAUGU